AUUUGAUUGAAAAUGUUUUCUUUAUGGCGUGUUUAUAUUUGUAGUAGCGUACGUAUAGCAAGACACAUUGCAUAUUAAUAAUAGCGAAAAUAAAGGACAUACAUAUUUUUAUUACUUUUAAGAGAUUUUAGGUAAUUCUGCUAAUCAAGCGAUUGUUUCUGUGUGUACGUUUACUUGAGAUUUGAUAACACCUUAUUGUUUUAUUUAUAUUGCUAAUUUAAGUACAAGUAUAUAUAUAAAUAUAGACCUAAUAUAAGCACAAACCUGUGGGACUAUUGUGUUUAAGUGUUUCGAUUGAACUGCAGAUGGAAAGACGGAAAAGAAUACAAACGAUUUUUUCAUAAAAUUUGGUAAAGUGCAUAAAAUGCUUUCUACAGAAACCAUUGGCCUCUUGGCGGCUCUCUUGGCGAUCGUAUACGUCUGGUGUCGUUACACAUAUGGGUACUGGAAGCGGCACAACAUUCCCUUUAUAAAACCAUUCCCACUGAUUGGCAACAUUCAAGUCAUGUUUACGCUCAGCAACAGUUUCUUCCUGUAUCUCUCCGAUGUCUAUAAGGAUGCUACGGUGACGAAAGCAGCAGCAGUCGGCAUUUAUAUACUAAACAAGCCAGCUUUAGUGCUACGCGAGCCGGAACUCAUCAAAUCCGUGCUAAUUAAAGAAUUUCAAAAGUUCGCUAAUCGUUUUGCCGCUUGUGAUCCACACGGUGAUCCUUUGGCAUCAAAUAAUCUAUUUUUCGUACGCAAUCCACAAUGGAGGGAGCUGAGAACGAGAAUUUCACCGGUGUUCACUUCGGGCAAAAUUAAGCAAAUGUAUACGCUAAUGACUGAGGCAAGUAAAUCAAACAAAUUUGUAGAUUAG